AUGAAGCCCAACUUGGGCCGAUUCGACAACCCACCUGACUGGCAGGAUAUCCUCAAGCACUUCCGUGGUUCUGAAUUGCAGAACUACUUUACCAAAAUUUUGGAAGAUAACUUGAAGGCUAUCAUCAAGCCCCAGUAUGUCGAUCACAUCCCCAAGGUCGUUAGUGGUAAGGUCGGCCAAUUGCUUGAGGAUAAGCUCGAGCGCAACAACUUUGAUGAAAUGAUCGAGGAACUCGAGCUUAAGGGUGUCUUGUCGCGUGAGGUUGGCCAGCUUUCUGGUGGUGAACUGCAGCGUUUCGCAAUUGGUGUCGUGGCUGUGCAAAAGGCUGACGUGUACAUGUUUGACGAGCCUUCCUCUUAUUUGGAUGUCAAGCAGCGUUUGAAUGCUGCCAGAGUCAUCCGAUCGUUGAUCUCUUCUGAAACUUAUAUUAUUGCCGUAGAGCACGAUUUGUCCGUAUUGGAUUACCUUUCCGAUUACGUUUGUAUUUUGUACGGUAUUCCAUCCGUUUAUGGUGUUGUUACCCUGCCUGCCUCUGUUCGUGACGGUAUCAACAUUUUCUUGGACGGUACGAUCAGAACCGAAAACUUGCGUUUCCGUGAUGAAUCGUUGACUUUCAAGAUUGCCGAGCAAACUGACGAUGUUUUGCUUGAGAAAAACCGCAACUACCAAUAUCCCGAUAUGACAAAGAAGCUCGGUGACUUCCAGCUUGACGUCAAGUCUGGCGACUUUACGGAUUCUGAAAUUGUGGUCAUGUUGGGUCAGAACGGUACCGGUAAGACGACCUUCAUCCGUCUGUUGGCCGGUCUUUUGAAGCCAGACGGCGGUCAAAGCGUCCCUGAAUUGAACGUCUCGUACAAGCCCCAGAAGAUUUCGCCCAAGUUUAAGGGCACUGUGCGCAUGCUGUUCAUCAAGAAGAUCAAGGCUGCUUUCUUGAACCCUCAGUUUCAAACCGAUGUUGUCAAGCCGCUCAACGUGGAGGCCGUUCUCGAUCAAGAAGUUACCCACUUGUCUGGUGGUGAAUUGCAACGUGUCGCCAUCAUUCUUGCCCUCGGUCAGCCUGCUGACAUUUAUCUUAUUGAUGAGCCUUCUGCCUACCUCGAUUCCGAACAGCGUAUCAUUGCUGCCAAGGUUAUCAAGCGCUUCAUUGUCCACUUUAAGCGCACUGCAUUCAUUGUUGAGCACGAUUUCAUCAUGGCUACAUAUUUGGCUGAUCGUGUGGUUGUCUACGAUGGUAAGCCCUCCGUGCACGCCGUUGCCAACACGCCCCAGUCCUUGCUGUCUGGUAUGAACAAGUUCUUGGCAUCUCUCCAAAUUACCUUCCGUCGUGACCCUACCAACUUCCGACCAAGAAUCAACAAGAUGGACUCCCAAAUGGAUCAGGAACAGAAGUCUUCUGGCAACUAUUUCUUCCUUGAACAGUCAAUGUGCAAUGCAAGAAGGACACAUUUGCCCUUUCAGUAUCAGCAUCCUUUUCACCAGCUGUAA